CAUACACACAUGUGGACACACACACACAUACACACACUCUCUCUCUCACACACACAGCCUGAAAAUCUGUCAAUUUCUGCGCGUGGUCACGUGACCUCCCCCUCUGUGGAGUGGAUGGAGAUGGCUCUCCACGUCAGCUUACGUCUCCAAAUUUCUGCUUAGCGAACCUGCUUCAAAGAGGCAAGAGGCACGGCGCUUCAGAGCCAUGUUCAGGGCGGUUAUAGAGGAAUCAAACCCCAACAUAGAGUUAUAGUAGAGGGUGAACGACGAUGAUGGAUUUUGACGAAAGGGUCCCCGUCGGAUCGAACAUGUAUUUGCCCAGUUGCACUUAUUACGUCUCGGCGGGGGCUGAUUUCUCCGGUCUUCCCUCUUUUCUAUCCCAGACCCCGUCCACCCGCCCCAUGACAUAUUCUUACUCCUCUAACCUGCCGCAGGUCCAACCCGUCAGAGAGGUGACGUUCAGGGACUAUGCAGCCAUUGACGCGUCCGGUAAAUGGCCGCACCGGGGGAACUUGCCCCAGUGCUACCCCACCAGCGCGGAGGACAUGGUGCACCGGGACUGUCUGUCGGCGCAAACUGCCGUCGUAGGGGACAUGUUCGGUAAAAACAGCCCCGCAGCAGCCGCCGCCGCGUACCACCACCACCACCACCACCACCACCAUACCAGCGCCGGCUCCGCUGCCUCCAAUUUCUACGGGAACGUGGGCAGAAAUGGCGUGUUGCCACAAGCCUUCGACCAGUUUUACGAGACGGCGUAUGGGAACGCGUCGGAGAGCUCCUCCAUGAAUGGCUACUCAGGGGACAAAACGGCGACCAAGCAGCCCAGCUCUGCGCCGGAGGACGCACCGUCGUGCCGGGACACUGAAGCAAAGGAGCCGCGGGAUGAGACGAGCAGCCCGGAGUUAUCUUCCGGCAACAAUGAGGAGAAAUCCAGCAGCAGCAAUGGGCAGAGAACCCGCAAGAAAAGGUGCCCUUAUUCCAAAUAUCAGAUCAGAGAACUUGAAAGAGAAUUCUUUUUCAGUGUGUACAUUAACAAGGAGAAACGCCUGCAACUGUCUCGGAUGCUGAACCUCACCGACCGACAAGUGAAGAUUUGGUUUCAGAACCGUCGCAUGAAGGAGAAGAAACUGAACAGAGAUAGAUUACAGUAUUACACGUCUAAUCCUCUGCUUUAGGGGUCAGAACAGCACCGUCACAGCUCCCAACUAGUCGUCUGCUGCUGGACUCACUGCGUUUACAUACUGACUCUCCGGCUGUGGCUCUGCCAGUGUACAUUGUGUAGGCUACCACAAUGGCCGCGUCAGCAGCAACAACACUGCUCAAUGGUUAAUUUCAAGUUCGAGGACACCAGUUUCCUGUGAUCUGAAUAACCUAAAGACUGAGCAUGAAUUCAAACAGUUUGCGGACUUUAAUUUCGCUCUUCAGACUCCGUUUUUGGAAAACACAGACUCUGAUAUUUUUUGUCCUCGCCAAGAGUGUAUGCUCGAGAAGGCCCAUGUUAAUAUUAUUGUGAUUCACAGACGCCUUGAUUAUUUUCUCUUCACGCGGGCAAAAUUAGCAGUCACUAAUUGACUGACCCAGUGUAUUUUGUAAUCAAAAGAUUUAUUUGACUUUUUUUCUGUUUUUAAAAUCAGAAAAAAUGUGGAUUUCGGCGAAUAUGUGAUUUUAAUAACUGAAUCUAUACGAACAUUGGUGUGACCAAACAAUGAGUCCGAAGGGAUGAGAAUGUAAUGUGUUUCUGUUUUUGUGUGCUUAUUUAUUUUGUAGCCACUCGUUUACUAUCUCCUUUUAAUGUCACGGCUAACCAAGUCAAAGCCCAUUAUUAAAGGCAGGCUUCUGGGAUUCCGUGUUCAGUCUGGGCUGACCUCAAAACGAGAUUUUGUCGUCUUUCCUGUAACCUAACAGAAUGAGGGCUGACUAUUUAUAUUUUGCGUAUCUUUCAAUACCCAAAUCCACGUUGUCAUUUUGAUUUUUGGAGACUAUCAGUCGAGUAUUGAUAAUGCAGGCCAAACCAGAGAGAUAAGCUUGUCCACUGGAUCCGUGUGGAAGUUGCACUGAGGUACACGCCCAACAUAUUCACACAGGUAUAUAUAUGCAGCGGGCCUCUUCGGGUCUGAUUAUUGAUAUGCAUAACAGAAUAUUUUUUUCAUGACUCGUGAUCCUUUGGUACUUGCAGUCUAAAGAAGAUAGCUACAUUUUCAAGUGUGCUGUCAGUGGGAAGGCUGGUCAGGGUCAUCGCAUUGAAUCAACUGCUUGGUAUGCCCAAACUAUUGUGUAUUAUACUAUAUUUCCAAAUAAAAACAAUUGAAAAAGAUUAUUGGAAAAAAAAAAUUCUAUUUGUGCGUG